AUGCUUUCCUACAAGACUCUUUUGAUAGCUCUGGUUGGCAGCCUGAUAGUUGCGGCUUCUUUCGAUGCACAAGACGAGCUUUUCUUCUCACCUUCCCAGGUGUGGCUGUAUAGUGUCUCCAGCCGCCGAACUGCACCUACAUCCACCGGUGUGGUAUCCAAGGCCUCCACUUCUGGAUAUAGAGACACCAUCACCACUCUCCUCACAUUCAUAUACCCGCCGGAGGUUGAUGGAUUGAAGUGUCAAUUCGGGUUUGAUCUGGAUCUAGACUCUACCGUUGGUGGCAGCGCCAAGCUUGACCUCUUCUCCAGCAUCAGGCCGCUAAGAUCGAAUUCCACUGUCUUCUGGAGCCGCGGUAACCAGCGGGGCGUCCAACUCGGCCGUCUCUCCGUUUCUCGUGGCGUUUCUGCGACCUGGGAUGCUACUUAUAACGAGUACCUGACGGAGAAGACCGACUGCAAAGCCCCUGGAACCGUCGAGGGCUUUGAACUAGUCGGUGUUUAUGAUAACGAUUUAGUUUCUUGGAAUCCUUCCACAUCAGGCCUUAGAAUUAUUUAUACGUCUUAA